AUGUUACAAGACUACACUUUAUAUCCGUUUAUGCAGUUACCGAAUUGCGAAUUGCAUGAACAAGGAGUACAAGGUAUACCAUGUGAGGACGCUUAUAGGAAGAUCAUUUCUCUUCGGGUGUAUUUUGCUAUUACGAUAGUCAAUUUUAUAUUUAUUGUGGGUACAACCAUCUAUUUCGUCUAUCGACUGAUGUCCGCGAAUUGGUUAUCACGUCCACCGGAUAUGAUGUAUGUAACAAACGAAACUAUUUCAAAACGGUGGCGUAUGUAUUCUCUAAAGAAAAGAGACAUAUUCGGCUCAGUGCUCGGGGCUGUCGGUUAUUUGAUUUUCUCUACAACUGUAUUUAUCUAUCAAGUCUUUAUCAAUGCUUUUUCUUGUGAUAUAUUCUUAUGGGGACCCAUGGUUGGAUUUUUCAUUUGGACGUAUGCUCUUGUUUGGCGUGCGUAUCGUCUGCAUUUACUGAUACGAGUAAAUGAACUACAAGGACGUUAUCAUGAUCGAAAUGCAGCUUCUUAUAAUAGUCGAGGUGAAAAAAUUAGUUUUAAAACAACUGCUGCAUCCAUCCACAAAAGCGACAAGGAUUACGAUUGGUUCAUGCGGCACAAAGUAGCAUUAAAUUUUAGUUCAAGGCAUCAUAUAUUCCUUUGCUCCUUUUUCCUUCUUGUCAUCAUAUGUGUUAUUGCUUUGGCUGAAUCUUUUGCUAUUUGGUCUCACGGUCGUUCACACUGUGAAAUCUACAUGGGAAAUUAUAUGACUUCAGCUAUUGUGGCCUUUUUCUUUCUGGUGAUUGUACCCUUUGUCUUUUGGCUUCUUCGGAAUGAUGGGGAUGCACAUGGUAUGCGAAUGGAAAUUUGGGUGACAGUAGCUGUUGGUAUACCGUGCUCCAUCCUAUGUAUUGUCUGGCAAAUUGUCUUUGAAUACCCAACAUCAAGAAAUCCUGCUGGCGUUCGAGGUGUGUUUGGUCCUUGUAAUUGGCUGGUCAUUUUAACGACGACGAACCAUGUUGCUACAACCAUUAUGCCCGUCUUCAAGACAUUAUCUAUCGAUGAUAAAAACAGUAUGGUAUCGGUUCGUAGGCGACGCGAUCAAUGGAUAUUAACUCUCAAGAAAAAACUGUCACUUGACAAGCUGCCGGUGAACCUUAACCGACAGAAUCAUCAGUCUACGACGACACUAGAAAGUUCAAAUAAAAACGGUGGGCAUGAUUGGGAGUUGACAGUAGAGUCACUGUAUCAUGCGUUAAAUGAUCCAGAACAGAUUGAUAUACUGAAAAACUGGGCGGUCAAAGAUUUUAGUGUAGAGAAUAUUCUGUUUUAUGAUCGUUACUUGAGCUUGGUGAAGCAAUUGGUGCAAUCCAGAGUUGAAGAUACGGACAGUUUCUCCUCAAAACAAUCGGAUACGUUGGCUAACCCAAGCGAAGAGUUGUUGAAUAUACCUUUUAAUCCUGAACAGAUACCACAGCUUAUAGACAUUUAUAACACAUUUAUUGUUGAUCAAGCGCCUUUACAAGUCAACAUUUCAUAUAAGGCAAGAAGUGAUACGGAUAAAGUCAUGAGACCUUUGGUAAGAGAAUACAGAAAUAAUCCGGUAACUCCUGGGCCAUCUGUACAAUCUGGUAUACCUUACUUUUUACAGACAGCAAGACCAUGUGAUGAUGGUAAUUUUUUAGGGCAUCCGACUCGUAGUAUGUCGAAAUCAGAAUCGUGCGAGGACUUGACCACAUCGUCUGCAAGUGCAGAACCUGUGACCCUUGUUCAGGAGAAACCGGAAUUAACGACAACAGAUAGUGAGACUGCAUUAAAAGAUCCACCUACCUUGCAAGUGUUUGAAAAAGUGAGGAGAGAGGUCUUUUGGAAUAUAUUUUCUGGAUUGUUUCCAAAGGUGGUUGAAGCUCAUAAUACCCAUUGUUUUAGUGAAUAA